AUUAAGUUUUAGCAUUACGCUGCAUUAACUCGCCCUUUCGGUUUGGUAUCCGGCUCUCAGUAGCCAUGGUUCGGGUUUCGGCGUUGCUGUUUCUCCCGGUCCUCUUUGGAUCGGCUUUAUCCAUCUCUUUCUAUUUACCAGUAAAUUCUCGAAAAUGCUUGCGGGAAGAGAUACACAAAGACGUGUUGGUCACCGGUGAAUACGAGGUGACGGAGCAGCCCAACACCAAAACCAACCUGAAGAUCACCGACUCAUCCGGCCACAUCUUGUAUUCGAAAGAAGAUGCAUCGAAAGGGAAGUUUGCCUUCACCACAGAGGAUUACGACAUGUUUGAAGUUUGUUUUGAGAGUAAAUUCCCCAUGGGAACUGGGCGGGUCCCAGACCAGCUGGUCAAUUUAGACAUGAAGCAUGGCGUGGAGGCUAAGAAUUACGAGGAGAUCGCCAAGGUGGAGAAGCUGAAGCCGCUGGAGGUGGAGCUUCGUCGGCUGGAAGACCUGUCCGAGUCCAUCGUGAACGACUUUGCGUACAUGAAGAAACGAGAGGAGGAGAUGAGGGAUACAAAUGAGUCCACCAACACCCGGGUUCUGUACUUCAGCAUCUUUUCCAUGUGCUGCCUGAUCGGUCUGGCCACAUGGCAGGUCUUCUACUUGCGACGCUUCUUCAAGGCAAAGAAGCUCAUCGAGUAACAAUUUUCUGCUUCAUUUGGGAACAGGCAAAUGGAUGGGCUCUUUGUCGAUUCAACAGGAGAAGAGCUGGAGUAUUCAAUAAUCUAGUAUGGGGAGAUAAUUGAAGGGAUUCUCAAACAGCUGGUGUAAUGUUAUUCUGAAGAGGAUUAUACUUACCACUGAAAUGCUUUUUUUCCACUCUCUUGUCAUGUCAGUGUCACAGAGUAACAUCAUUUCAGACAUGAUGUUUUAUACAUUUUGUUUUGUAAAUAUUGUUUUCAGAAAUGUCUAUGACUGAAAGAAAAUGACUCCUGGGUAUAAGGAAUUUCUUAAAAGAAAUUCUCUUCAAAGUUAUCUUCUUUCAAAAUUAAAAUUCCCAUCAAUGUUUUAAUCUAGUGUCAAUUGCAGGAUUUAUUGUGAAUACAAAAAGGUCAUAUUAGGGAUUUGUUAUGCAAUUGGACUAUCAUUAUCUGUACUAUUCCUUUUUUGUGUAAAGUACUUUUCCCCCCUAUAUAUUGACCCCUCCCUAGAAGUUUACAUUUGUAGACUCUUAUUAGUGAGAUCCAAAGUCAAAUCAAACUAGAACACUUUUGUAGUUUAAGUACAAAUUUUGGAAGCUGAAUGUUGCUAGAACUGUUGACAAAAUUCAGCCCUCUGACGUUCUCGGGAACAUUUUCACAUCGGGGUUUUUACUUGUUUCAGAAUAAUUGUACAUAGGUUUAAAUACUUUACACGUCAGAUGAUUCAGCAUAAGUUAUUUGGGUUCUUGGGAGGUACAUUAUGCUUAAUUGUAUAAUUCUUGCAAAUGAAGCCUAAAACUUAAUUUAGAAUAACCCCUACCCAAUUUUUAAGUCCUAGAUUAUAAUAGCGAGACAGAAAAUGCAUCUUACAGCUAUUAUAGGCUUGUGGUCUUUUGCUCCAUAAAGGGUAAAUUGUCUUUCUUGGGCAGAGUUUUCUUUUCCUCCCUGUGGCUGUGGGAAUCGGUCCUGUGGGUAAUUCUGUUUUAAACAGUGAAGGAUAUUUUCACUGUGGAUAAUUGAUUGAUUUGAUUUGACCAUUUUAAAUAAAAAAAUCUUAAACUUUG